AUGUCUGCCUCCAGUCUUGCCGUUCUCAUCGCUGCCGAGCCUGGCAAGUCCAUCUCCGUGCGCUCCCGGCCGAACGAGCCCGUCUUCUUCUUCCUGUUGUGCAUCUCACACGCGUUCCAGGAGGACGAAAUCACCGCCCACAGACGUUUCCUCGCUUCUCCAGUCGAGGUUCAAACCAAGAGUACAUGGAGAGAGCUAGUCCGAGAGGUGUUAUUAACAGGUCUGUUGGUGGCAAGUGCCUUGGCGACAGGUGGCUUGGUAACAAACUGCACCAUGGCAAGUGUCUCUGUAGGGACGGUGUUCCCCGACAUCUCUAACAGUACAGGUCUGCUUCAUCGCAAGUCAUCGCCUUCAGCUCCACGAGGACGCAAGGUAUCUUACGGGACCAACGUUGAAUGUCAAUGCGACUGCACGUCCGGGUACCGAGUCAUCUGCCCGCGAGAAUUUGGCCAAUUCGAAUUGGCGUGCACUACCUUCCAAUGUCCCAAUUGCAAGGAACAGAAAGUGGGGGUCGUUCCUGUUACCGUCGGCUUCACGAAAUGCAAGUACCGCUUCCACGGAAUCAAGGCUUCAAAGGAGCAGUAUACAUCAGAGUAG